UCAAAUAUUAUAUAAAUUUAAAAAAAGAUGAAUUUCAUGAGAAGAUUCGGCUACUUGGAGCCAAAUCCCAGUGACUCGGAAGCUCUUUAUCAUGAAGUUGCAAUAAUUGAAGCCAUCAAGAAUGUACAAAAAUAUGGAGCACUGAAUCAGACCGGCGAGCUGGACACUCCCACAUUGCGAGUAAGAUUACAAAAUUUUAAUCAUCUUCAAAAUGGCAUUGGCAUCAUUUUUUAAAAUAUGUUUAUUUUUAGUUGCUAUCUUCUCCACGUUGUGGAGUUCCGGACAUAGAAUCUCGUUCUCUUAAUCGAUCUCGAACAAAACGUUAUAUUAUUGGUGCUAGAUCUUGGCAGAAACGUAAAAUAAAAUAUUAGUAAGUUUAGUUUUUUGAAAAUAUUUGUGUUUUUGGUUUUCCAAAGCCUAAGGUGUGUUUUGCAUAAGCAUAGCUAAUUGGUCGGCCAAAAUGCCGAGGGGACAGAUUGUACGAGAUUUGGAAAAAGCCUUUGAUAUGUGGUCUCGCUAUAAUCGAUUAAAAUUCCAACGUGUAUAUGAAACCUCAGCAGAUAUUAUUGUUGGAUUUGGCACACACUAUCAUGGAGAUAACUUUCCUUUUGAUGGACCUGGAAAUAUUCUCGCUCAUGCAUUUUAUCCCUAUGAAAUGGGCUCAUUCGGAGGUGAUAUACACUUUGAUGAAGAUGAAAAUUGGAUAGAAAAUUCAACAAACUUGGCCGAAGGUGUUGAUUUCUAUUCAGUUGCUUUACAUGAGUUGGGUCAUAGUUUGGGUUUGGCUCAUUCACCAGUUUAUUCAUCGAUAAUGUUCCCCUAUUACAAAGGACCUGGACAGAAUAUUUUAGAUUAUGAUGAUGUUUUGGCGAUGUAUGAACUUUAUGGUAAUUUUUGUUAGUUAUUGUUGACCGAAGAAGAACAAUAAAGAAGAAUUACAUUUUUAGUUCAGAGAAGAUUACCUGGCGACGAUAAACUAGAAGCAUAUACUCCUAGACCAACAUCAACCACAUCAAAGUAUGAAGAUCCGACGACGACGGAGAGUACUUGGCAAGGGCCAACAACAAAAGCAAACACUGGGUUCACGUAUGAAGGUGACUAUGAAACAGUUAGUAAUCAUAAGGUAA